UGUCAGUUUAUUGUCAAAUAAGGGGAUGGGAAACAGUUGGGUAAUCUAGCGCAAUUGUCAUAACAUUAUUAACGAGAAAUAUAAAAAAGAACAAUAUAUCUUUAAAUUAUUUUCAAUAGAGCAAUUUAUUGCAUUUCUGAAUGGAUAUUCUAGAAAGAACUUUUAGGAAAUCAAAGAAUAUCACCAAGAGUUGGAAUUGACAAAAUUACCCACUCAUACGCCGAACCGAACGAUAUCUGUGAAAGUAAAUCCGAGUAACACUAAAAAAUGGUUCGUCCAAAACAAUAAUUAUAUCGCUUUGCAAUGGAAGAUGAACUAGAAGAUAAAAUUUUGUACCAGACAUAUGUAUCACAUAUGAAAAUAAUGUCAAAAAUUAUAUGGGGUUUCCCAUUAAAUUAUUCCCCCAUAACAUACUCUAACAACGUUUGGCGAAUGCUUAGAAUGUACAUGCUCAAACCUGAAAUUAUUAUUUGUGGCACUGUAAUGUUGUUGAUUUUUCUUUAUAUGCAAGCUGUAGACAUAUGGAGUCGUAAUUUAUUAGGCAGAUUGCAGUACACUAUCAAUAAAAAUGGAAGGAGCAAAGCAGAUAAACUUAGCUUCUUUGGCAAUGGAGAUGCUGAAAAAAGUUGGCAGAUGAAAAUAGGACAUAUCGCUGCAUUUGCUAUCCAAGGACGAAGACCAAAAAUGGAGGACCGAUUUGUUAUCAAUGAUAACAUCAAUAAUACUGGAGUGGGAUUAUUUGCAGUAUUCGAUGGUCAUGGAGGUGAGUUUGCUGCUAAUUAUGCAAAAGAGAAACUCGUACAGAGUCUGUUUGAUAAAGUGGUCGAAAUAAAAGACCUUAUAUCUGGUAAAAAACAAAUAAAAAAUGAUGAACCAUCCAUUAAAGAAGAUGAAAAAAAUAAUGAUAAGCCAAGAAUACCAAUCUUAGUAGAUAGAAAGAAAAGUUUCAAAAAGACUACUUCAACAACAGAUGAAUGUGAUAAAUCAAUAGAAAAAGAAAUAACAGACCCAGAGUUACUGAAUAAGCUUAAUAAUAUCAGCAGGCCUAUAUCAAGAGAAGUUAAAACUUCAAAAAUUUCCACUUUAAAGAAGGUGGAAGCUACAGACUAUUUUGAUAAGAAUGGAAAUGUGAACUAUGGCAAGCUUAUCACUGAUGAAGUAUUAUCAGCUGAUCAUUCUUUACUCGAGGCAGCUAAGAAGAACUUUGAUGUAGCUGGAACAACAGCUUUGAUAGCUGUUUUAGAGGGCAGUAAGUUAAUUGUAGGAAAUGUAGGUGAUUCUAGAGGUGUUAUGUGUGACUGUCGUGGUAAUGCAAUUCCUCUGUCAUUUGAUCAUAAACCACAACAGAUGAGGGAACGUAAAAGAAUCAAAGAAGCAGGUGGAUUUGUUACAUUCAAUGGUGUUUGGAGGGUAGCAGGCAUUUUAGCCACUUCUAGAGCUCUUGGUGAUUACCCAUUGAAAGAUAAAAAAUUUGUGAUAGCUGAUCCAGACAUUUUAACAUUUGAAUUGAAAGAUCAUAAACCAAUGUUUGUGAUUUUAGCAUCAGAUGGAUUGUGGGAUACAUUUACAAAUGAUGAAGCUGUUUCUUUCAUAAAAGAAAGACUUCAUGAACCUGAUUUUGGAGCCAAGAGUUUGACUUUACAAUCAUUCAACAGAGGUUCUUUGGAUAAUAUCACAGUUAUUAUCAUAAAUUUCAGAGAAAGGAAUGUCAAUACCUAAGUAAGCAAAUUGGAACCAACUGAUUUAUAAAUAUACUCUUGAAAAUUUUCGCCAUAUUUUCUGGCAGUUUUCCUAACAAAUAGUAUUUAUUGACUUUAUUGUUUGAACAAAACAAAUUAAUUUCGUCAUAUGAAUGGCAGACUCUUAUGUUUUACAAACUGGUUCGCUUUCUUCUAUGGCAUUCAAUUCUGAGUAAACCAAAUAUUUACUUAACCUUUCACCUAAGUAACACUCGAUGGUUUAACAUCAUUUUGUCAUUAAUAUCAAAUACUGCUUUAUUCUAAUCUGAAAAUUUAUUCUUCAGUAUAAUUCAUUUAUUUUUAUGCAUUUUGUUAAAAUAUGCCUUUUAUUUAGAUGCAUCUAUUUCUACCUUCUUUAUUUUGUUGCAGUUGACUUUUUGUUUGAUAAUUGUUACAAAACCAAAAAAGUUUAUAUGUUGCGUAGUUGUGCCAAAGUUUGUUUUAAUAAGAUUUGUUUGUUACAUGAAUAAAGAGAGAAUCCGAUAA